AUGGAGCUGAGCCAGCCGACCUCUCUGUCGGACCACGACGAGUCGGCGUCUGGGCCCCAGCGCGGGGUCAAGGGGCUGGUGGGGCCCGACGCUCCUCGCGGCUGGUCAGAUGAGCCCGAGGAACACGCCCAGCUUCAACGGUGGCCAGAGGGACCCAACGCGCCAAUCUGCUGGCCCGAAGAGGUAGAGGAGCCUCACGCUCCUAGUCGCUGGGCCAGAGAGCCCAACGCCCCUCGCUGCUUGUCCCAGGAACCCGACGAAUCCUGUCACUUGGCUAAGGAGCUGGAGGAACCCGACGCCCCUCGCUGCUCGUCCCAGGAGCCAGACGCACCGUGCCACUUAGCCAAAGAGCUAGAGGAACCCGACGCCCCUCGCUGCUGGCCCCAGGAACCAGACGCAUUCUGUCACUUGCUCAAGGAGGUGGAGGAACCUGAUGCCCCUCGCUACUGGCUUCAAGAGCCAGACGCACUGUGCCACUUGGCCAAGGAACUAGAGGACCUCGACGCCCCUAGCUGCUCGUCCCAGGAACCCGACGAAUCCUGUUACUUGGCUAAGGAGCUGGAGGAACCUGACGCCCCUCGCUGCUGGCCCCAAGAGCCAGACGCAGCCUGCCUCUUAGCCGAGAAGCUGGAGGAACCUGACGCCCCUCGCUGCUGGUCCCAGGAGCCAGACGCACCGUGCCACUUGGCCAAGGAGUGGGAGGAAUCCGACGCCCCUAGCUGCUGGCCCCAGGAGCCCGAUGUACCGUGUCUCUUGGCCAAGGAGUGGGAGGAAUCCGACUCACCGAGCCUCUUGGCGGAGGAGCUGGAAGAGCCUGACGUCCUUCACUGCUGGCCCCAGGAGUCAGACGCACCGUGCUUGUUGGCCAAGGAGCUGGAAGAGCCUGACGCCCCUCACUGCUAUUCUCAGGAGGUGGACACAGGGUGCCUCUCGGUCAAGGAGCCAGAGGAGCCUGACGCCUCUCACCUGUGGCCGGGGGAACCCGAUGCACCGUGCAUCUUGGUCAAGGAACCGGAGGAAGCAGAUGCACCUCACUGCUGGCCCGAGGAACCCGAGGAGCCCGACGCUCUCAACGCACCGUGCUUCUGGACCAAAGAACCAGAUGAGCCCGACGCACCUCGUUGUUGGUCAGAGGAGCCCCAGGUGCUGUGCCUCUGGCCGGAUGAGCAGAACACAACGCGGUGCUGGCAGGAAGAGCCCGAUGCUCCCUGCUUCUGGCCCGAGGAUCGAGAGGAACCCAAAGUUUCGCGUCUCCAGUUUAAAGAGCCGGAGAAGCCCAAAGUCCUGUGCAGUUGGCCGGAGGAGCUGGAAGACUGCCGCCCUACGCGGGGCCUACCCUUAGAACCCUUGCUCGCUGAGGGUGAGCUGCUGCAGGCAUGUCCCGGGCCACCCUCGGACCCAGGCCCGGCGUUGUCGCUGCCCAGCGAGCCCGGGACAGCUCAGGAGGAGGGUGCACGCCUCAGGACGGUAUUCGACGCUCUGGACAGGGAUGGGGAUGGCUUCGUUCGCAUCGAGGAUUUCAUCCAAUUUGCUACGGUGUAUGGGGCAGAACAGGUGAAGGACUUAACUCAAUACCUGGACCCGAGUGGGCUUGGCGUAAUCAGCUUUGAAGACUUCCACCAAGGGAUUGUGGCCAUCAGAAACGGAGAUCCUGAUGGCCAGCUGUACAAUGUGGAGCCUGUCCAAGAUGAAGAGCCCCCUGCCUGUGCCGAUGAGUUUGAUGACUUUGUCACCUAUGAGGCCAACGAGGUGACAGACAGUGCAUACAUGGGGUCAGAGAGCACCUACAGUGAGUGUGAGACCUUCACAGAUGAGGACACCAGCACCCUGGUGCACCCCGAGCUGCAGCCUGAAGGGGACGCAGACAGUGCUGGUGGCUCAGGGGUGCUCUCCGAGUGCCUGGACACCAUGGAGGAGCCUGACCAUGGGGCAUUGCUGCUGCUCCCAGGCAGAUCCGGCCCCCACAGCCAAGCUGUCGUCAUGGUGAUUGGCAGUGAGGAACAUUUUGAAGAUUAUGGUGAGGGCAGUGAGGCAGAACUGUCCCCGGAGACCCUCUGUAAUGGGGAGCUGGACUGUGAAGACCCUGCUUUUCUCACCCCCAGCUCCAACCCUCUUGCCUCAAAACUGUGCAAUGUCCUCACUGACGAGGCCUUUGAGUUUUACUGUAGCCAGUGCCACAAACAGAUCAACCGCCUUGAAGACCUUUCUGCCCGCCUGACUGAUCUUGAGAUGAAUAGCCCAGCCAAGCGGCUCUCCAGCAAGAAGGUGGCAAGGUAUCUGCACCAGUCAGGGACUCUGACUAUGGAGGCCCUGGAGGACCCUCCCCCAGAGCCUGUGGAGUGCCCAGAGGAGGACAUUGCUGACAAGGUCAUCUUCCUGGAGAGACGUGUGUCAGAGCUGGAGAAAGACAGUGCGGCUGCUGGCGAGCAGCAUGGCAGGCUGAGGCAGGAAAACCUGCAGCUGGUGCACAGAGCCAAUGCCUUAGAAGAGCAGCUGAAGGAGCAGGAGUUCAGAGCCCAAGAGAAGGUUCUGGAAGAAACCAGGAAGCAGAAGGAGCUUCUGUGCAAGAUGGAGCGUGAGAAAAGCAUCGAGAUUGAGAACCUGCAGGCCAGGUUGCAGCAGCUGGAUGAGGAGAACAGUGAGCUGCGGUCCUGCACACCUUGUCUGAAGGCCAACAUCGAGCGCCUUGAGGAGGAGAAGCAGAAGAUGCUGGAUGAGAUUGAAGAGUUGACACAGCGGCUCAGUGAAGAACAGGAGAAUAAGAGGAAAAUGGGGGACAGGCUGAGCCAUGAGCGGCACCAGUUCCAGAGGGACAAGGAAGCAACUCAGGAGCUGAUCGAGGACCUCCGCAAGCAGCUAGAACACCUGCAGCUCCUCAGACUGGAGGUAGAGCAGCGUCGGGGCCGCAGCAGCAGCCUGGGCCUGCAGGAGUACAACAGCCGUGCACGGGAGAGUGAGCUGGAACAGGAGGUCCGCAGACUCAAACAGGACAACCGUAACCUGAAGGAACAAAAUGAUGAGCUAAACGGACAGAUCAUCACCCUCAGCAUCCAGGGCGCCAAGAGCCUCUUCUCCACGUCCUUCUCGGAAUCUCUGGCUGCAGAGAUCAGCUCUGUCUCCCGAGAUGAGCUCAUGGAAGCAAUCCAGAAGCAGGAGGAGAUCAAUUUCCGCCUGCAGGACUACAUUGACAGGAUUAUUGUGGCCAUCCUGGAGACCAACCCAUCCAUCCUAGAGGUCAAAUAGUACAUCUUAGCCCAGUUUGGGCUGGUUAUAGACUCCACAGACCCAAGAGUGGCCCUGUCUUGCCACAAAGAGCCACGACCAGCAGGUCCUGCAGCUUACCAAGCCUAGGGUGUGUGGGGCCCUCAUGCAGCUGGACUGGGAGAAUAAAGAAGGGCUGCAGGGGCAGUAAGAAGGAAGAAAGGGAAGUCCACAGCAGGCGAAGAGCCUGGAAGCCAGGAAGCCAGGGCCUCCCACCACAAGCCAGCCUCACCAACAACACCCAUGUCUGCUCAGCAGUAUGCAGAUACGUGGGGAUAGUCUCUCAGGCUGGCAUGGGCCCCUUGCUAAGUCUCUGGCCCACCCCUCUUUCUGCUAUGCACCCUGUUAGGAAGAGAGAGAAAAUGAGUCCUCACCUCAGUUGCUGCCUCUCACUCCUGUUAACAUGGUGCCACCCAAGCUUGGCCAUUCCCACAUGGUCUGCAAGCUGAGGACCCAAGGUUGGACAUAGAAGUGGUAGUGCUGGAAAGACAGACAGGCAAAGAUGGCACAUGUGGCUCUGGUCCAGAUCCAUAGGCCACCAAUUCUCCUUGCGCUGCUCAGGCCGUCUCCCACCAGAUGGGCUUCCAUUCACCUUUGGACCCAGGGCCUCCAAGCCACACAUCGGUCCUUUGUCAGACCCUCACUACAGUGACUCAUCAGCUCUGGUCCUCUUGUAGGGGCUAGAGUAGCUAGUCAUGCUGACGGGGAACUCACAUCCUGGACUGGUGAACAUUGUCAGCCUCUCUGACCCCGGUGCAGGUGCUGCUUCUCCUCAGGUGUGGCCUACCUUGGCUCCAGGGCCCACACCCUCCUCAGGCUGACUUUGCUGCCUUGGGAGAAGUCUACAUUUCCCAGACAAUAGUCUAGGCCUCUGGAACAGUUCCCUUCUCUGCUUUUGGCUUUAAAUACCUGGGUGUCCUCCAGGAAUCAUUUUGCUAGUGGAUGGGUGGAGGAGGCUCUGCACUGACCCAGAGACAGAGGAAGGCUUGCUGCCUGCCCCUGCACCACCCACAGAGCUGCAGCACCCAUAGCAGCUGGACCUGAGCCUGAGCACUAGUCGGAGUCUGGGCACAGUGUCUAAGACCACACCAUAGGCUUGUGUGAGUGUGUGUGUGUGGGUGGGGGUGUGGGGGCGUACACACGUGUGUGUGUGUGAAAGUGUGUGCGCAUGCAUGAGUGUGCACACAAGUGUGAGUGUAUGAAUGCUUGUGCCCACACGUGUUGCCCUGCAUCCCUUCACUGCCUAUCCCCCCAACCCUGCCUCCCUUCUACACUACAGUUUAAGAUGUUGCCUCGUAUUGUACAUUUUGGGGAAAGCCUUGUGUGUAAAUCAAUGUAAACUUGGAGGAGAGAUUUUUCUAUCAUGUAGAGUAGGUAUUUUUUAUAGAUUGAAGGUUGAUCAAUUUUUUUAAUACUUUCCAGAGAGAAAACUGUGUAUACAUAUGAAAUAUAUAUAUAUAUAUGUAUAAUAUAUCAAUACUGGAGCCCUGCCUUUCUGUGCCCAGGUCCAAGCCCUGUGUAAGGGCUUGCAGCCUGUCUCUGCUGUUUGCCCUCCAGUGCUCACUUUAAACACAGGUCUCCAGGAGACAUGGGAAACACACCAGUCACCAACUUGCUCAUGGCAUCUGCUUCAGCUCCUUGAGAAGUAGCUCUUCCUCCAGGGCAUGGAAGGAUGGGAGGCCAACAGGAUCCUGUCCCAUGUGUCAGCCACCACAGAUUAAAGCUGUUACCGCACA